AUGAUGCUGUGGAAUGCGCAGAUGACAGCCGACGAAAAUAAGCGACUUACCAAUCCAUCACUCGAAAAUGGGCCGUUCAAGAUCUGGUGUGAUGAUUUCCGGCCAGUAAAUAUCCUCUUGAAUAGCGAUUCAGAAAUUGUCGGUGUCAUCGAUUGGGAAUUCACCUAUGCCGCUCCAGUUGAAUUUUCUCAUGCACCUCCUUGGUGGUUACUUAUUGAGAAGCCUGAGUUCUGGCCCAAAGGACUCGAGGACUGA